UGGUUCCGGCUUCCGGUUCCGCUUCCUUAGUGAUGGCGGCAGUGCCAGCUCAGGCACUACGAGUUGCUGAUAUUAAGGAUCCCACGGCUCUCUUCGAGCGUUACAGCGCCGAAGAGAUCCGUGGGAUCGAACGAAAGGUGCGAGGUGAGAUAGAGCAGAAGAAAGAAGAGCUGAGACAGAUGGUUGGAGAGCGGUACCGCGACCUGAUUGAAGCGGCCGAUACCAUCGGAGAGAUGAGGCAGUGCGCGGAGAGCGUUGUGCGCUCGGUACAGAAUAUGCAUGUGUACUGCAGCCGCCUAAAGCAGGAGAGGAGCGGGACUGCGGCUGUGGGGACUGCCACCGGGAAAGUGGAGCAGUUACCAUCCCAAGAGAAGUUUUACAGUAUGGCCUCCCAGAUCAAGUUACUAUUAGAAAUUCCAGAGCGAAUCUGGAGUUACAUGGAGGCUGCUCAGUAUCUGCGUGCUACACAGCUCCACCUCCUGUGCUGCUAUAUUCACAGUUUGCUACAGCUGGACUCAAGUGGAUCCUAUUACAGCCCGGUCCUUGCCCGUUUUCCCAUUUUGGUGCGUCAAGUGGCUGCUGCUGGCCAUUUCAGGUCAACCAUUCUUAUGGAAAGUCGGUCCCUUUUGAAGGAGCGGAGUGCAUCAGACCAAGCCAUUGCAGAAGCUCUGACAUCCAUCAUGCUUCUUGAAGGUAGCUCGCCCCGACAGGCACUUGCAGACUUCCUGCUGGCCAGGAAAACAUCCAUUCAGCAGCUUCUCAAUCAGCCACAGCAUGGUGCAAGUAUCAAAGCCAGGGUGUGCUCUUUGGUGGAAUUAUUGGCAACAACACUGUACCAGGCCUAUGCUGUUUUCUACAAGCCCUCUGAAGGAAGGGCUCCUGAGGGCAAUUUGAGUUGUGGCCAUCUCUUCACCACACUUGAGAUGGUGACCAGUUCUUCAGGAAAGCAAGGAAAGGUUCUGCAUGAAGAGGUGCAGUCUAGUAGCUGGUUCCAGUACUUGCCAUCUUCCAUUGUUAAUUUUCAGCCUGAAUUACGCUCACUUGCUACACCCAUCAGCCAGGACUACCUGAAAGAUACUCUACAACAGUGGAUGAAUUUGUGUAAAGAAGACAUUAAGAUUGGAAUCAGCAAUUUACUGGUCUUUGUAAAAAGCCUAAAAGGCCUGGCUUCAAUUAGAGAUGCUGUGUGGGAACUGCUUACAAGUGAAGGUAUAAUUCAGCACUGGUAUACCAUUUGCCAGAGUUUGUUGGAUGGUCCCCUCUCCUUUUGGGAAGAUUUUCUGCAGCCAAUUUUCCUUGCACGAGUUCAGGCUCUGAUUAAAGAAGGUUUAGAGGAAAUAUCCAGUAGCUCCAAACAGCUUCUCCUCACAGCUCUCUUGGAGUUGAAAACAGUGACAGACGCCUGUGGUCAGAACAAAACUCUGCAGUUUGAAUAUGACAUUGCCUCCUUCCUCUGGUCUGAAACUCCAAAUGAUCUACCAAGUGAUGCUGCCUGGAUAAAUGUUGCUAACCGUAGCCAUAUUCUGAAAAGUGGAUUGUCUAUGAAGGCACAAGCUUUAACUCCUUGUGUCCAGAACUUUUGUGGUUCUUUGGAUACAAAACUCAAAGUCAAACUUGAAGACCUCCUUGCUUACUUACCACCUGAAAGUGCCUCAAAGGGACCUUUAAAUGUUCCAGACUCUGAUUCACAGCGAAAGAAUUCUGCAUUUGAUCGCUAUGCUGAUGCCAAUAUAGUUGAAUUGAUGCUCCAAGAGCAUUGUCUGGCUUGCACACGCUACAUCCUUUCUUGCAUUCAGCAGGAACUAAGAACUUCACAAAGUCAGUUAGAUUACUGCAGAUUUUCGCUUAGAGAUGGUAGUCUCAAUUCAGUUCUUUUUAUGGCUCGUCUUUGUCAGUCCAUUGGAGAACUGUGCCCCAACCUGAAACAGUGCAUCAUGGGAAAACAGGAUAUCCCUGGUAACUUGAUCAGAGAUGCAGUGCGCAUUGGUCGAAAGACUGGAAAGGGAAACAGUAAGGGCAUGGAAGUGAGCACUACACAGACAAAAUGGCAAGAACUUAAGGAAGAACUAUUGCAGCACAGCUUGGAUGCAUAUCGUAUUUGGACCAGUCUGAUAUCUAAGACUUUGGUCCAAAAUAUGUCUGAGAUGCUCCAUUCUGACUCUGCAGGCAGUAUCCUAGCUACAGUAACUAACUGGGAAGAACUGGAGAUACAAGAAGAGUCAGAGCAAGGAAACAGCAUCACUUCAAAAAUCAGACUUCCUGUACAGCCAUCAUGGUAUAUUCAGUUAUUACUGUUCCACCUGUGCCAAGAGGUGAACAGAGUUGGUGGUCAUGCCUUGCCAAAAAUCACCCUUCAAGAACUUCUCAAAGACUGCCUCCAAGAAGUGGUAGCUGUUUAUGAAGUACUCACAAAAAGCAAGCAAAGCAACAAGCAAGACGUGUCCUUCCCUAUGACUCAGAACCAUGCUCUGCAGCUGUUGUUUGAUCUUCGCUAUAUCACUAUGGUCUUGAAUUCAAGGCAGGAGGAGAGCAAGGUUGGCCGUGCCAUGGUGGACCCUAGGAUUCAGCAAGUGAUAGACACUCUGGAAAGUUACAUUGACCCAUUUGAUUUGGAUGUGUUCACUCAGCCUCUGAAUAAUAAUCUGACCCGUCUUUUACAGAGGACAUCUGUCCUCCUUGGUUUGAUUACGGGUACAGAAAAGCAUUUAAUCAGCCGUAACACCUAUGUAAACUCCCAAGAGCCAUAUAAUAUUCUUCCACUAGCUUCAAGCCAAAUACGAUUUGGUCUCCUGCCACUCAGUAUGUCUUCCUCACGGGCAUCCAAAUCAUCAACAAGAAGUUCUGAAAGUAUGAAAGCACAGUUCUGGAUUGCCCAAGACAUAUUCAUGUGAAUCCUCAAGAUGUCCCUCGGCUGUUCCUUUAUCUGUUCCACCAACAGAAGAUUCAUUUCGGCCAGGAAGUCUGUUCCGACAGCUGGCAUCCCAGGAUGAAGAGCCUGCUACAUCCUCUUUGUUUAAGCUUGGCUGGCUAUCCAGCAUGACCAAGUAACUCUUUUACAAGGGACAUUUUAGUGAAUGUACAGAGUUUAUAAGAAAUAAACUUACAUAAUAUGUGA